GAUUAUAAUCUCGUUAAUUUCGUGGACAACAUAUCAACAUGUCUCUUGCUCAGUAGUUCGGAUUUUGACUCCUCGAUCGGCGAAUCUAAAUUCUACAAUAACUGUAGAUUUAGGCCUCUUUGGCGACUGACAGUUAUCUGAUAUAGUCAAUAUGGGUUCUCAAGAGCAGAUGUAUGAGUUGUGGAUGCAUUAUAGUUCAAAGAGAGACAUCCAGCUUUUCAAGACAUAUGUUGAUAGAUUCCUUCAACAGUACCCAUCUUCAAUCGAUUUGGAAUUCAAACAUAUAGCUGAAGGGAGGACUCUGACUGGUCCCAACUCAGCGACCCUUCCUGACGGACUGUUAGAAACAUUGGUAGUUGAACUAGCAUCUUGUAGCCAUCAGUGCCAAGAGAUCAUAUCAGAUUGGGAUGUCUUACAGUACGCCACACAGAUCGUACAGGUGCUCAUUGCAACAUGCAGACACCAUGACAACAUUGCCCUCGUUGGAUCCUGUGAAUAUUUCAAGCACAUCAUUCCUCUGGCCGCAGCUGCCUUUAAAACGAUUCCAUCGCAGGAAGGUCUUUACCGAGAACUUCUUGUGAACUUCAUCCAGCAUUCCUUGCAUCUGUUAGAAUGUAUGUAUGACCCUUUGCAUCUAUGGAGGAGACAUCUCUCAAAUCAUGUUGGUAACACAACGCAGAGUUCCCGACCGGCUCUCUUAAGUGUCGAGGUGGUGCCGUUCUUUUACGGUGAGUGAAUAAGUGCUGUUAGAUGAUACAAGAAAUUUGAGCCAUUAGGGCAUGCAUUACAAGCCAGGCCCUGUGUAUACAGUAUGACAGUUUUCAUUAAAAGAUUUUGCAUUUGCACAAACCAUGCUUGUUUCAUAUAUUUUCUCUUUUGUAUUAGGGGUGUACUGAAUGUUCUUUUUAUUUAUUUAAUAAGUUCAUGUCAUAGGGUGGAUAGCCUUUCCAGCAGAGCUGAUUUUCGAAGGGGUCUGCGAAAAUAAAUUUACAUUUACAAACAAUAAAAAGAAUUGCAACUUAAAAUGAAGCAAACAUAAACAACCAAGUUUUAAAAAAGGUAUAAAGUAAAAAGAAAAAUGCACACACACAAUAUUGGCUGUACAAGUUUAAAUGUAAAAAGAUUGUGAUUUUAAGGUAAAUCUAUCACACAAAUAAUCAUGCUUCCUUUCCUUUGGGGCAAGAUAUAUUGAAUGGAUAAAUCAUGUAUACAUCAAAUUGGCAAUAUUUAGUAGUUGUUUCUACUACAAAUCAUGUGUCCUUUCAUGGGCAACAAUUUGUGUGUUCCCUAAUAUGGUGGAAGAUGUUUUUUAAACUACAAUAUUUUUAAUCAAAUACUGAGUAUCUUAAACCAAAUGUGAUGUUUCAAGGAUGCAUUGAAAGGAUGCUUUAUAUGUUCUCUAAAUUGGCAGCAAUGCGGGUUAUUACAUUUACUGCAAAUUUUUUUAAUGAAAUGCAAUCUUAUUUGAGUAUUACUGUACAGUAUUCCUGUUUUAUGAUUCUUGAUGUUCAAAUGUGACAUGGCAUGGAUGCAAGACAAAGUGGAUCCACUGUCAGUUAGCUGUUCUUAUGUAUGCUUUCAAUAUACUGUAAGUGUUGAUUUUUCAGAAAUAAUUUGAAAUAAACAAAACUUCUAUCUCUUAGAUCUGUAAAUUGCAAUUGGAAACCUUUACAGACUGCCACAAAAGUGUGAUUAGAAAUUCAAUGUAAAGCCUCUUUCUAGUGAACUGUAUUUCAAUGGAGACCUGAUUGGUGAUUGCAUUGGUUCCACUUAAUCACCAUAAAAUGCAUUAGAUUAAACACACUUUCAGCUUUAUUCAAUGAAGCAUAAUAUUGAAACUAAUUUUGUGAGAAUAACAUAGAAACUAAACAGCUCUUGCACACUAUGUUGUGAAUACCAUGUGCUAUGAUUCAAUACAAAGCACUGAUACAGAUAGCCUGCAUACAUGUAGGAAUCUCAAGAAGAAUUUUUUUUUCAUGAUUGAAUCCUCAUUCUAUUGGAAAUAUUUGUAAAUAUUAAUCGUGAUUGAGGAAGUUGCCAAAAUAUUCUCUUUCCUGGAGCUACUUUCAACCAAAAUCUUUCACAAAAUGAUAUGAAUAAUGAAACUUGGCUGUAUUUUCAUGAAUUUCUAAAAGAAAAUCUAAAAUCAUACUGGGAGAAUGAAAAAAGUAUAGCCAACUUGACAUAGUAUAGAUUGGGAUAUCCUCUUGUUUGAAUAGGCUUGGUGGCUUUGGGAUUUGGGGUCUCCUUUUAGGUAGAGAACAUGAAUAUGGAUAGGAGAUCAAAUCAUACAUGUAUAUUGCCUUUUAUUAAAACAAAAUUUGAGUUUCAUCAGUUUAUUAUACAAGAUAGUUCUCAACCCCAUUGUAUGUACAUGUAGCUGAGUAUCCCUAUGGCCAAGGGAAUGUAAUAAAAUAUGUUGGAUUAAACCAGAGUGUUUCAUGUUACAGAAAAAUAGCCACAAAAAAGCUUACGACUAGAAUUGUCUGUGCUGCCGAUUUAAUCAUUCAUAUUCAUUUUCUCUGAGUACUUAAGGCAGGUACAUGUAGAUGUUUACUGGUGGUUAUAGUAUAGGGGUUGUGGUUUCAUAUUAGCUCAUUGACUUACAUGAAAACUGAUAUUAUUGUUCCUUGUUACAUUUCAUUAGCCCACAUCAAUUUCUUCAGAAGAAACCAAAGUGCUCUUUCGUUUCAAUAAAUUUUCUUAUCCUGUACAUUAUAUGAAUUGUAUGUUGAUAAUGAUACAGUGCUUCCACUUUUCAAAACAAAAUCUUCUGGAAUUUAUUAUGAAAGUUACUGGAAUUUUACAAAAUAUCUCAGAGUUUUACAAAUGUUCUCCAGUCUUUCAAUACUUCUCUUCUAUACACAAAAAAAGAUGAAGUAUAGGGCCCAGUGCCUUAAUGAGCCAUACAUUUUGAGGGGCGAAAUAUGACCAAAGACGUAUAUCGGGCAAAAGAAUUGCGAGCGAGCAAAAAUGUUGACAUUUUCAUUACAAAGAUCCAAUUUUGAGAUAGAUUCUCACAUAAUAUCAUUCUUGGAAAUGAUGACUUCCCGGAAAACUUCCCUGAAUUUCUCACUUCCCGAAAUGAUCUUGGACUUGGAAAAUAGCAAAACUUCCUGGAUUUCAGGAAGAGUGGAAGCACUGUAAUGAUAACAGCCACUUUUAAAUGUAAUGUGCUCGCAUCAGUUGCAUUGGUAUGCUUUUAGCACCUAGACAUUAUUAGCCCUGCAUAACCAAGAUGAAGAUACCAAAGUAACUAGUGCUUAACACACUCAAGCAUGUUUAAAAAUAUAUUUAAAUGAAAAAAUAUAAAAAAUAUAAAUGUAUGAAAUAAAUAAAUAAAU